GCGGCUGCAUGGUUCUGAGUUACCAGUCGAGCUUAAAGCUUGACAAGGCUUUUGAGCAAAAAGCAGCAGCAGCAGCACAACUGGAAAAGCAGGUCUGUGUAACAGUGUGAACACUUGUGGAAUCACUUUUACAUGGUUUAAUUACCCAUAAACCUGUAGCUGAAACUUCCAGCAGGAAAUCUCAAAGGAUGUGGGUUGUCAUGUGACUCUCGAAAUUUGCUACGAUCAAUUCUAAAGGGAAAAGUUCAUAAUGAAAGACAUCCAAAAAUAUGUUAUUAAUUAAUGUCAGAAAUGCAGAAAAGCCUCUGUGCUUAGGUUGUUUCUUGUUUGGCACAGCGGACGAGUGCUGUUAGGAGGUGGUUUUCCCUCUCCAGUGGAGGCUUUACACUCAUGCUGAUCUGAGAUACCCUUUUAACUCGGCUGUCAGCUUAUUUGUUGGAUUUUGUCUUUCUAGUUUUAAUGUGGUGGAAUGCAGUCAAAACAUCACCAAGAGACGUCAAUCCCCAGCUAUUCAAAGGCUUUUAGGUAUUUACAGAUUAUGUUUUGAUCCAGUUAACAUAACUUCUUCAUGUUAUGUCAUUAUGUUAUAUUAUCAUGAAGAAUGUGAUAGUAUAGUUAUUCACUAAGCCAGAGCUAAGGUUGCCCAUAAAGAAUCCAGAUUAUACAAGAAUUUAGAGGUAGAAGGAAAAGGCUUUCCCUCUUUACACAGUGCCUUAACACAAUCGCAGUUCCUGGGUUUUUUUCCCCAGAACAGGGCUGCUGUAACUUUUCAAUGGAGUAGAGCUGUGUAUAAAAGGAGUGAGUGAGGAAGAAGUUGGUUUGGGGUAAAAGCCAUCCUUUUUGGAAGAAAUAACAUGUCAGCUGCUAUAGGCUGGGAAAGGAGCACUCAAAAUGGGUAUGGGCCUUUCAGUUUUUGGCCCCACUGCAGCUAUCACAGAUGCUUUAGAUUCUGCUUCCCUCUGCUGUAAGUUGUUGCUGUGGGUGCCUUUGAGGAAGUGCCGAUUGCUCCAGCAUACUCAGUCAAGCUGUAUGCUGAGAUUCUGGAGAUUCACAGUGAUGCACACAUUGUUUUCCUACACCUAGAAAAAUCCUGUCUUCAAACUGAAGGCUGCGGCAGUGUGGUGCAUGAUGUCACGGACUCCAUGGAGCGACGGAAUUGUUUCUUUGGUGAAGUCUCUUGAUUAUGUACUUUAAGCUUACAAGGGUGUUAUGAGAAAUAACCAAUAAAGCCCCACCUCACAAAUAUUCCUCUACAUGUUACUCAGUCACCAUUUUUCUAACCAUUUCCUUGUUAUUGUUGCUAGCUGAUACGUGCUUUAGAGGUAGCAAUCUGUUACUGCUUAAGCAGUCAUCGCUCUCACAGAUUAUGUUUCUUUUACGACCAUACAGCGGUUAAGCACAAGGUAUCUUCUGCUCCCAGAACUUCCUAUUUGAAACAGUCUGUGAGGAACAAACAUUAUUUUUCUGCUUGGUCCACUUAUGCCAGCACUUUGUGGUUAGCCUCGUAUGUGCAGCUGCGUUCUGUUCUAAAGAUGGUCCUCAACAUGGCAGUUCUUUUGUACGGUCUAUGUAUACACACAAAUAUGUGUGUAUGGAAAAACCUCUGUGUGUGUGCAUCUGGUGUUCAAAUUGCUGGCUGACACUGAGUGGUUUUGGUAUAAACUCAGAUUUUGAGUUGUUUGGAAAAGGGACAAAAUGAUAUUUGAGAACUCACAUGGUAUUAAUUUGAGGGGUUCAGGUUUAAUGAUGUGCAGAUUUGAUUUCUACUCUUUAGCACCAGUUGGGGCCAGAGAGCUGAUCAGUCACAGUCUUUAUGGCUCACCCAAGCACAUUUUCAUUUUGGUUUCUUCUUUCUACUGAUGAUUAUACAGAUUGUGAUGUUAAGAGGCAUCGAUGCCAACUGUUUCACUUUGCCCCUCCUGAGCUGUAUUGUGCUGCUAGAUACCAAUUAUCCCAUGUCUCAGGAGGAACAGCUUUAAAAAUCUACAGUAUUUGUUCUGGGUAACUGCGUUGUGUUGUUCUGCAAUAUACAAAUACAGGAAAAUAGUUGUUUAUGAAAAAAGACGGCUCUGACUCACCAAACGCCAUCAUUUGGUAUUUGUAAUUUCAUUUUAAUGUUUGAUCUGUUUGGUUUUUUUUUAUUUGUGUUGUUAUACUAUUCACAGUAAAACAACUUAAAACCUCACUAUUCAUUGGUAACCCUGUGUUGAUGUGUCGUUACUUGGUACGUUAAUCUCUUUUACAAAGCAUCACCAUUAGAUGAUUCCCAAACUCAUAAUCCAGUACUAUUGUCACGAUUUGCUUAAAUAUUGCUAAAGCAAAAAGAGGGAGUAAGAGAUAUCUCCUGGCAUUUGCUUUUGUGUCCAGUAGUGAGCCUGUGUAGGGAUAAUUGAAAGGUCAUUUCACAGCCUGCCUGAACUCUGUUUCCUUUACAAUGACUGAUGGAAUGCCUAAGCUUCCAAGCAUUCAAGAAACUCAUUGGGAACGCACCCCUUUCCCAAAGUCUUCACACAGAGAACAAAGCAGGAAGAGUAUUUGAGCACAUCAGGGAGAGAGCAGGAGCUACCUGUGAACUGUCGCAGAUUCCCUGGUUACCAGCUCUCAUGCUGCAGACACUACAGAAUGUGUUAUUAAAUGUGAAGGCAAGAGGCAUGUGAGAGGUACAAGAAUUUAAGGUUUAUCUGAAAUAAGGGAACAUCUCUCAUCUACUUGCUGUUUACAAAGCCAAGACAUUUGCACCAACCAGGCAGUGGGAAAAGUGACCGACGGAACUGAUUGUACCGAGCUACAUUUCCAGUAGGGAGGCAACUGGGAGAUCAUUGCCUGAGUUUAGCACUGUGAAGAGCAGCUUUGAGCUUAUUUUUCCCCAGUUGAUUGUAAAGGGCAGGUGAGUGCUCACCGCAGAGCACUCUUUAAAGUCCUGCCCUCAGGGUUGGGGGUUGUUCAGUAGUAGGAAACCGUGGGUGUUUCAAGUGUGAAGUCAAAACCAAGAUGCACCUCUGGAGAGAAAUCUCUCCCCCCACCCUCCAUCACAUUCAUUAUACUAAACUGAAAGCCGCACAUUGCUAAACUGCCUUCAGUAAACAGCUGAUGUAGCUGGAAGAAAAGAAGGCAGUUGUGGCAUACAGCACUUCGGGUCUUGCUCUCAUCAGUAAGACAAUAGAGAACAAGUAAAAAGACCCUUGAAAAUGCUGUGGAUAUGUCUUCCAACUGCAUUGCUCUUUCUUCUGCACCUCCCAUGCUUCCUUGGCCAGAAUGGUGGAGAAAAUGAAGAGUCAACAGACAUUAUCAGUGUUCACGAAGGAGAAACCAUCAGCAUAACUUGUUCAAUUAAAGGUUCAGAAAAUGAAGUGGGAACAUACUUGACAACUAGCAUACAGCCUGUCAAUGUGGUAUAUGUUUCCAAGCAGAAUACUUCAUAUAUCCUUCCUGCUUUGGCAAACCGCACCAAGUACUCAAAGGAAGGAAGCAAUCUCAGGAUAACUCUGCACAAUGUACAGGAAUCGGAUUCUAACAUCUAUCAGUGCAGUACAUAUGUUAAAACCAAAAGCUAUCACAAAAAGCUGUUUGGGAAGACAACCAUAGUAGUAGUAAAAGGUAAACCCAGUGGGAUUGUUGAACAGGCACCGCUGUAUGUGAAUCCUCAGCAAGGCCAAUCUGUCAGCAUUACCUGUGCAUUGAAAGCCUCACAUGAAGAUGAAGGGAUCUACUUGCUCAAGGCUCACAUGCAGCCUGAACCAGUGCUGUAUGUUUCGAGUCAGAAUACUUCCACUGUUUUUCCUGCUUUUGCCAAUCGCUUGGAGUAUUCGAAGGAAGGGGAGAAAAUCGUGAUAACUCUACACAACCUAUGGAGAAAUGACAGUGACAUAUAUGUAUGUGCUGGAGUGGUGAAAAACUCCUCUUUCCUCUCAGUGAAUAGAAGUGGCACCAUGAUGCUGAUUAAAGAAGGAGAGCAGACAGACUGCAAGAAAAGUUCCUGGCUCAUCUAUGUUCUUAUCACCGUGGUCACGCUCCUGUUUGCUGUGCUGAUGUGCUGCACCCUGUACCAUGUUGAUAUGAAGAAGUAUUUCCAGAACAACCCCCCAAAUACAGUAUAUGAAGACAUGUCUUACAGUGUUAGACAACACACCUUGCAGGCAACCAAUGCUUACUCCAUUGACAAUUAAGCUUCUGCCAGCUGGGACCAUGCAUGGAUCAACUAUUCCUUUACAGGUCUCCCUCAGAGCUGCCUGAGCAACCUGAUGUGGUAGCUGAACUGAAAAUGCUGUCACUUACCUUCUUCAGAGGAAAGAAAAACCUGCCUUAUUUCCAAAGCUUUCUCUGGUUUUUGAUCACUUGUAAUUUUGGGGUUUUUUGGUUAAUGUAUAUAAAAUGUACAGAAAUGCAGGUACCCUGCACAUGUGUUUGCAGUUUAGGAUGGAAUGCAGUAUUUUUUGGACUGUACUUUCUGGCUGGAGGCAACAUAUGGACUCAUUUCUUUGAUCAAUAACCUUUUCAGGGAAGGUGGGAUAGACGAUGGAGAGGUCUGGCUCUGA